CUGUAUGAUCACAAUUCACAGCAAGAUAAGUUACAUGCCCAGGGAGUUCUUGUUUUCGAACAGCAACAUUUUUAUCUUUAGGGCAUGUAUGUGUACAGAUGGAGCAAUGAAACCGAUGUUUAUAUCUGAAAAUCUAACACCAGCCUUAGCUAAUAUGCUUAUGUCUUGUACAAAUAUCCCAAUUUCUGAAUUAGAUGGGUUGCCUGGACAAAUUUGCGAAGGAUGUGAAAUUUCAUUACACUCAGCUUUUUUGUUUAAACAACAAUGUGAAAGAUCUGAUGUAGAAUUGAGAAAAGUGUUUGGAAAUACGGAGAAUGUUUUAGAAGAUAAACAAAUCAAGGAUGAGCCUAUCACAGAACCUAUUGAUUUCGAUUUACUAAAACCUAAAAUCGAAAUUGAAAUGGAUGCUGAAGAAUUCUUAGAAGGUGUGGAAGCCACCGAUGAUUUGGAAGAAACAGAACUGGAAAUUCCCCAUAGGCGCAGGGGCAGAAAAAAAUUAACCAAUGAUUUUUCUUGCGAUAUCUGUGGAAAAAUCUUUGAUAAGCUUUAUCGUUUGCAAAGGCAUUUAAAUGUUCAUAAUUCAGAAGGAAAACCUUUUGAGUGCACAAUAUGUUAUCAACGUUUUGUUAGAGAAGAUUUAUUGAUAAGACAUAGAAUAAAACAUUCAGAAUUAAUGUCUAAAAAUUUCAAUUCUGAAGAUAUAAAAGAAAUAUAUAAGUGCUCAGAGUGUGAUAGAGUAUUCAGGAAGCAGGAGUCUCUUUCAGCACACAUGCAAAAGCACAAAAAUGAAGAACCUCAGAGUUAUGAAUGUACCGAGUGCGAAAGAACUUUUACUAAAGCAAGCCAUUUAUCACGGCAUAUGAAAAUACAUGGCAAUGUUAAGCCUCAUAAAUGUCAGUUGUGCCCAAAAUCAUUUGCUCUUGGUGGUCAACUAAUAGAUCAUAUGAAUAAACAUAAUGGUAUUAAGCCACAUGUUUGCCCAGAGUGUGGAAAAGGUUUUCAGCAAUCUUGUACUUUAAAAGAUCAUUUACGAACGCACAGUGGGGAGGCGCCAUUCCUAUGCUCUGAAUGCGGUAAAGCUUUUAAUAACAGCAGUAACUUACGACAACAUUUAGUUCGACAUUCAGGCUUAAAGCCUUUUGAGGAUAAAAAAUUAGACUGGAUGUAUAAGAAACCUGGUCAAUCGAUUAAUCAUGAGGAUUACCUUUUGGGAAAAACUAUUGACAAAGAAUUUGAAGCUUUGGCUCAAGAAGAACGAAACAAAAACCAAGAAGAACAAGGUCUUGCACCAAAAAAUCACGUAGAACAUGAAUGUGUGCCAUUUUCUAUUAGAUCAUAUAAGAAUGCCCCACAAGAUCAGGUAGAUAUGGCCAGAAAGCUUCAAGAAGAUCCCCUAGUAGCAAUUAAAAGAAAAGAAAUGGAAAGUAGGCAGCAGUUAUUACAAAAUCCCGUUAAAUUAAAAGAGCUUCACAGAAUACUGAAAGAAGAAAAAAUGAAAAAAUUAAGCAAGAAAAAAAAGAAAAAGGAUUCAAAACCUAAAAAAUCAAAAAAAGAUAAAUCAGAAAAACAUGUUGAAAAGGAUCUUGAUGAUAUAUUAGCUGAAAAGUAUGCUAAAUUAAAAGCUACUCUUGAUGAAACUUUAGAUAUGGGCUCAUUAUUAAAAAAUAAGCAAAAAGAUUCUGGUGAAUCUCAGGACUCUGAAGACAGUGAUCAUCCGUCUCCAAGAAAAUUAUUAAAAUCAGACAGUAGAUCACAUCGAAAUACAUCGCCAAUGUCUAAAAUUCAAAAGGGAUAUAAAAAUCGCAAUAAUAUUGAAAAUUCUGCUUAUAAAUCCCAUUCAGAAAAUUACAAAAGAAGUAAUAAUUAUGAUGAAAGGGAUAAUAGCAGAAGCAUGUAUAGAAGUAGGACAAAUUGUAGUACAGAUUAUAGAAACUCAAGCAAGGAAAAGAAUGAUAGAAAUUAUAGAAACAGAUCACCUGAUUUUCAUAAAAAGAAUGAUAGAAAUUAUAGAAACAGAUCACCUGAUUUUCAUAAAUCUGAUAAAAGAAACAGUAGGCAACAAAAUUAUGAUUCAUGCUCAGAUGAUGAUAAAAAUGAUAAAAAAGGUUUUGAAAGAAAUAAUAGGAAAGAUAAUCAUAAAGAUUAUAGUCGCAAAAACAGUUCAGAUAUAGAAAGUAAUGAUAAAAGUUAUAAAAAUAAAAAUUCUCAUACUUCUAAUCAUAAUAUGAAUGACAGUAAUGACAAAUAUAAGAACGAAUCUAAUUAUGAUUCAGAUGAUGAAAGAAUGAGAAAAAGUCAAUUGAGAUCCAAUUAUGGGUUGGUAACAGCUGAUGGGAAAAAACUGGAAUUGAAAAAGACUGACAAUGACAGUAAAAACUCAAAACAUUCAAAUCCUAAAACAGUUACUAAAAAACAUAAUACGAGUCAUAAAAGACCUAGAUUGACUGAUGAAGAAAUUGAAGCCAGGCGGAAAGAAAUGUUGGAAAAUGCCCAAUGGAGAGAUAAACAAUUAGAGAGGAAUAUUAAAAAAUAUCAAGAAGAAGAUAAAAGAGAACAGGAUAAAAAUAGUUCUGAUUUUGAUACAGAAUUUUUGAAAAAACAAAUGGCGAGAGCUACUGAGAAAGAUACUUUAGAACGUAGAAUAAAAUCAAACAUAAAUAAUAUACAAAGAAGUGGGAGAUCAAUGGAUAUGAAUUUUGCAAGAAGAUAAACUUGGACCUAGAUGAAGGCUUAUUCUCAAAUAUGCGGACGUCGGUAGUAAUGACUUUUGUAUUAACAUGUGGAAUAUUAUGGGGCGCCUGCAUUUGGGGCGUAGCUCUGUCCUGCGAUUCUUGUGGGAA